GUCAGGCGGAGAGUCGAGGAGAGAAGGGCCCGGCCGUCGUCGUCGUCUUCGCCGGUGAACACACCUCUCCUCGCGAUGUCGUCGUCGGCGUCGUCGUCGACGCUGCGCCCGUGGGCGGCCGUGUUGCUCGCUGUCUUGCUGGCGCGCGCAGGCGGCGCGCUCAAGUGCUUCCGCUGUGAGACGGGCACCGACCCGCGAUGCCGCGACCACUUCGAGCAGAGCCAGCACGAGCUGUUCGACUGCGAGGAGACCCGCUACGGCCACGCCACCAUGGAGGCCUACUGCAAGAAGCUGGUGUACGCAGUUGACCAGUACCACCUGCAGCAGAACGACACGAUCCGCGCGUGCGCCUGGGCGCGGCCCGAGGACUCGGACAGCAUCUGCCGGGAGUCGACGCCCAACAACGGCUACCAGCUCCACUGCUCCAUCUGCCGCGCGGACCAGUGCAACGGCGCGCCGCAGCUGGCGGCGUCCGCCGCGGGUCUCCUGCUGCUGCCGGCGCUCGUCGCAGUCGCUUCCGGAGCGGCGCGCCUGUAGCGCGUCGCGCGAUGCAUUUUUUUAGCGCGGCGCGCGCUGUCUCCUUCAGAGACGCGUCACAAUCGGAGCGGAGCAUCUGUUGCGCGGCGCGCGCUGUCGUCUUUUGAGACAUGUCACAACCAGAGCGGCGCGUCUGUAGCGCGUCGCGCGAUGCAUUUGUUAGCGCGGCGCGCGCUGUCUCCUUCAGAGACACGUCAGAACCCGAGCGGAGCAUCUGUAGCGUGGAGCGCUUUGUCGCCUUUUGAGACAUGUCACAAUCGGAGCGGCGCGUCUGUAGCGCGUCGCGCGAUGCUUUUGUUAGCGCGGCGCGCGCUGUCUCCUGCAGAAACGUGUCACGAUCGGAGCGGCGCAUCUGUAGCGCGUUGCAUGAUGCAUAUGUAGCGUGGAGCGCGCUGUCUCCUUUUGAGACGUGUCACAACCGGAGCAAGAGAAUCUGUAGCGCGUCACCCAUUUAGAAGUAUCUGCAAUAUCCUAGAAAACGUAUACGUCAGAGAGUUUUUUUAUAACCUACGCAAUACAUGAGAGUAGGAAAAAAAAUUUGACAACUUGUGUUUCAUUUUGCAUUUCCACCUUUUUAUUUGAAGUGAUGGAUUGGAAAAAAAAAUCCCUUUACACAAAAACAUUGUUCCAGAUGGCUUAAGUCUUUCAUUUAUAAUAUGUUUACAUGAGUUUUUUACUUAUUUUAUUUCAUACAAUGAAUAAGUAUUGUACUUCUUUUAAGGUUUAUUUCAGGAUAUCAUAAUGGCAAUUGUAAAAACGAACAAUCAAAAAACUGCACAUUUAUGAUUUUAAAGGCUGAAUAGUUUCACGUCGUGCUAAUUUUAUAAAACGACAGUUUUAUCUUUGUGUGUCAGUUGCGUGUUACGUCCUUGCUACGUUACGUUUAUUUAGUACUUUAUAGGUUAAGAAUCAACGAGGGUUUAAGAUUGAGUUACUUUAGAAUUAACAGUAUGCAGUAUAAUUUCAUGUGUAGUGUUUUACAACUAUCGUUAAAAAUAAUCAUAAAUCACUGCGGUUAAACAAAUAAAGUAUUAUUUUAUGCAAAAUACGUGAGGAUGUCACCGAGUAUUUUUAAUUUACUCAAUCAAAAAUACAUCUUUAUAAAAUAUCUAUAGCCUUAAAGGAGUUAGAUAAUGGCUAUUUUUAAAUAAAAUAAUUUCAAAAAUAUACAUAAAUAAACGUGACUGUUAGCAUAAACGCCGUAUUAUUAUAACUUAAAACUUUAAUAUUAUAUAUGUAUAUUUAUUUAUUAUUGAUUAUUGAUUGAUUAUUAUUGAUUAUUCAUUAUGGAGUCUAUGUUAUUACCUUAGUUAAAUUGUAUCUAUAUACUUCAUUAAAACAGUUAUACUCCAUCCAUUCAAACAUAUGUACUCUAAUAUCAGGUGAAAUAAGAUAAUACGCAUUUAAUAUUUCUUACAAAACACGAAAGAAUUUUCAUAUGUAUAUAAUGUAAAACUUGUUGCUAAAUAAAGUAUUUUGUUAAUGAUUUAAAAUGUAGUAUGAGUGAAAAUUUUCUCCAUCGGAGAGAAUAAUUUCUGUUCACAUUCCGUCCAGUUAGUAGAACACGAAACUUUGACUACAUCUGCGAAAAGCAGAGGAGGUUUCGCAGCUUUAAGAAUGGCAUUAGGUAGAAAUUAUACUGCUUUGUAGACUUUAAGAGAUUUAAAACUGAAGUUAGUAAGUUUAUGAUGCCCGUUUAGAUCAUUUUAAUAAUGAUCAGGCAGCUAUUUUGUACAUAAUUUAGAUAAACUGCACUCAGGGAUAAUGUGUAAAUAGAAAAUUUUUGUAAGAAAAUGUACAUAAAAAUAAAAUAUUUGCUAAAGAAAAUUCAUCCAUUGACGAAGUACAUUUAUUAUAAUUUUCUUAUAAAUUUAAACAUGGUGGUUUAGAAACAUUUAGCCGUACCACGGAUAAUCGAUUAAACUUUUAUAAUAGUUUAUAAAAUUAAUUGAAGCAUGUUUUUGGCUCAAUACGAAACACUGCCUCAAUUAAUUAAUCAUAGGUAAUUUCAAAACUCGACAACCCGUUGUUGAAAUACUUUAACAAUUUUUGGAAUUAUUUUUUAAAUUUUAAUAUGUUAUUUUGGCUCAAUUCUCAUUAUUCAAACUUUAUUUAUUUUUUUUGUCUUAUCAUUGAAUGAAUAAAUUUUGUUUACGUCAAAA